AUGUCAGACUGCGCCAGGAAUAGAUUCAAUGAGGAAGAAGACUUCCAAGUUGUUUUGGGCAAAGGAAAUCCUGGAGAGUCAUCUUGCCAGCAACAUACCAAGUGGAUGGCACACUGGACCAGAGCAAGCAGCAGUCCAUAUGGCAAGAGCUGUAGUCCUUUGGAGGAUGCCAACAAUAGCAAUUGCACAAAAAAUUCUGAGACUUCACCUUUUGAGCUUAGGAAAUUCACCGUGGCUGAAAGGCUAAUGUUGGGAAGAAACCAUGAAGGAAUUUCAAUGAAGAAUGUGCCGCGAUUAGACCCUAACAUGUGGGGCGUGGCGCAUGAUGCUUGGCAAGAAGCUGAACAGACCAAAAUUGAAUGGCGAGAUGGGCAUUUUCAAAGCUGUAAGAUCCAGAUGCAGAAAGAUGAAAAUUUCUAUGCCAAGAGGGUAGUAUCAGAAACACUUUCCGUUUGCAGGCUUUCAGACCUACCAUUGAAUUUUCAGAAACUUGUGAGCUCAGAAGAGAACCCUGAUGAUUCACAUUGUAACCAGAUUCCUAUGUUGUCAUUCAAUCAGAAAGUGGAAAGUAUAGUCAGCCCAAAGCGGAAGUAUGCGACCGGUACUGUGUUCGAUGAUCUCUUUGUGCCACAACAAAUUCCGAAGCUAAACGUUGCUCCAUCUCGAAUGACUGACAUGGUCAUGGAUCGUUGCAAACCUUCGGGGAGCAUCAAACAUCCCCUAGAAGACCCUACCUGCCUCGUUUCUGAUCAUUCAGGGAAGAAAUUAAAAGUUGACAAUAACUCAUCGUCAGAUUGUCGAAUAGAUGAGCAGGAUACAGUUCACUAUUUUGCAAACCCAAAUCAGGAGCCACCCAGCAGAUGUGGUGAAAAGCAGUUCAAUCUUUCAGAAAACAGUGACAAGGGCCAAACAGUUGGAGGUGCCCCUCAGAAUCACAAGUCAAGAACACCUACUAGACUCAGAAAACAUGAAGUUGCUGCAGGAGUCAUGCUUUCGACGCCAGUACUUGGUAAAGAAUACGAGACCAAAGCAAUCAAUUACUUUAUGAACAGCAAGCAGGAUGAUGAGGAUUUUUAUGUUGCAAGUCAUUUGAUAUCUGAUAAGCACCAUGAUCUGAAUACCCACAGAAUGGAAUAUGCAGCGAAUGUAACGGACUCCUGCAUGUUCCCUGAUCCAGCUGCAAGCAUACUGGCAACAAAUAGUAAGGGUGGCGCAGUGACCCGUGAAAGACAACCAGUGGACAGAUUUACAGAUUCUGUUGAACAAAACGGUCCCUGUUUAUUUGAAAUGCUGACAAUCCCUUCCAAAUCACAAAGUACGUACCCGAUAGAUUUGCUGUCUUCUUGCAGUCCUUUAUUUGGAGCCCAGAACCAAUUCUCACCUAAAGCUAAAACAAUGCAUGGAGAUUCACAACAUGUGUCAAAGUCCUCAGCAGGCACCGAUUCAUCUUUGAUGCAAAAGGACAAUGGGUGCGCAGAAAGAGCAAAUGAGCAGCUGGCAACUCUGUCCAUUGAAGGAUCACCAAGAUACAACAAAGAAAACAUAUUUCGCAAAGUCAAUGCCAAUCACUCGACGCCGGAAACAGAAAUCAUGGACUUGGACCCCCCGCUGUUCCAAAGCAGCACAAGAAAUCAAGUCCCCAACGACACGGAUCGAUUGUCGGCGGGUGCCGAUCCAAGCGACAAAUGGCUCAAGCGCCUGCUCCAUAACACCACAGACCCUCAUGUCCACCGUUCCAAGAGGCCCAGAACCGGAGACUAUCGUCCGGUUGGAGGAGCAGGUGGAAUGUCCGGCACCUACAUUGCCGACCAUGUUGAAGCAAGGCGUGUUCGCUGCUGGAUAGGAAGAUUGUGCCGGGGUGGCGUCGCCCCUGUUUCGCACGGAGGACCAGGGCAGGGAACAAGAGAAGCAGCGGAGCCUGACGUCGCGGCCAGGGAACUUGGAGGCCAUUUCCCGAGCAUCAAGGCGAUGGCGAUGAUCGGGCGGAUGAUGAGCAAGGUCCGGCCAUUUGAUUAUGAAAGGAAGGGACCUUGUGUUAUGUGGAAGGCAGAGGAAGGAGCCUGA